AUGUCGUACUAUCCUGGCGCACCCCAGUCGUCGUAUCCCGGCGGCCCUCAAUCAUCGUACCCGGGCGGACCGCAAUCGCCCUAUCCCGGCUCGCAGCCUUCCUACGGUGGCUCGCAAUCGUCGUACCCUGGCGACCCACUUUCUUCGUCGUCGUACCCCGGCGGACCUAGUGGAGACCACUCGCAGCCCCAAUACAACUCGCAGCCGCAGUACAACUCGCAGCCGCAGUACAACUCGGGCUACGGAUCGCCCUCGCCUUCCUACUCCCACGCGCCGCAGCAGCAGGGUCCCAUGCAGUACGACCAGAACGGCAACCCGAUCGACGGCGAGCGUGGUCUGGGCACCAUGGCUGCCGGUGCCGCAGCGGGCUGGGCGGGCAACAAGAUGACCGGCGGCCACAUGGGCGGGUUCAGCUCCAUGGCCAGCGGCGCCAUCCUCGCCCAGGUGGGCAAGAAGGUCUUCGAAAAGUUCGACGACAAGAAGAACCACAACAAUCCCUACGGCGGCCAUCACGGCGGUCACGGUGGAAACCAGGGCGGCUUCGGCGGCUUCUUCAAGUGA